AUGUCUGCUUUACAUGCGAGUGGCACUUGGAAGCUUGUUCCUCUUCUUGCAGCUUAUUCUUGCACUUCCCUUCAGUUCAAACACGAAAGUCACCUUUACACAACCACUGUGAACAGAGUUGUACUAGGAGAUUGCUUUGAACUUCACAUGAGCAAGACUGGCUUAAUACCAGGAACGGAAUUUUGUCCUGAAACAAGACAAGUGCAAAGACCUUUGCUUUCAUUUGGUCCAAAGGCUUCCAUGAAACUUGCAACAUGCCCAAUUAAUGUCUGCAAGGAACUGAGGUUGAGUUCUCAUCUGAUUAAUGAUUAUGGUGAUGAGGCUUCACUAAUGAUCUCAGACGGGGCAUUUUGUACUCAAUGGAUUAAGAACUUAAAGAAGCCAAAAGGUUCCGUUAUCUUUUCCCAGGAGAAUGAAUGUAGGAGUAAUACUUAUGCUCUCCAGUUCUGUGGGCAGCCAUGUUCCAUCCCUGGAUCUGUGCUGCAACUUUUAGGCUCUUCGUAUUUGUUCCGCGCUACUGCUUGGGAGAUCUACGGCAGUGCACCUCUUGCUCGAAUGAAUGCGCUGCUUUAUGCGACAUGCUUUGCUGACUCAUUGAGUUUGGAUGAUGUGGCAUUAGCAUAUGGAAAACUUAUCCAGCAUCUAGCAGUAUUUAAAGGAUACAAAGAAGCUUUUGCUGCAAUGAAACUUGCGGAGGAGAAGUUUUUAUCUGUUUCAAAGUCACAAAUUCAGCUUGUAAAACUACAGUUGCUCCAUGAUCAUGCUUUACAUACGGGAAAUUUAAAACUUGCUCAACAGUUGUGUGAUGAGCUAGGUGUUUUAGCCUCUUCAGUAACUGGUGUAGAUAUAGAGAUAAAAGUUGAAGCUAGCCUCCGCCAUGCACGAAUACUAAUUGCAGCGAACCAAUUUAGCCAGGCAGCAGCUAUCGCACACUCUCUCUUCUGUAUGUGCUACAAAUUCAGUUUACAAGUCGAGAAUGCCACUGUUCUUCUUUUACUUGCAGAGAUACACAAGAGAUCAGGAAAUGCUGUUUUAGGUAUUCCGUACGCGUUGGCAAGCCUUUCCUUUUGUAAAUCAUUCAACUUAGACCUUCUCAAAGCAUCUGCUACGCUGACGCUGGCGGAGCUUUGGCUCUCACUUGGAUCAAGUCAUGCAAAAAGAGCUUUGGCUCUCAUACAUGGGGCAUUUCCUGUACUUCUUGGUCACGGUGGUUUGGAGCUUCGUGCUCGGGCUUUUAUUACUGAAGCAAAAUGCUAUCUUGCUGACUCGAGCUUUUCAGUAUCUGAAGAACCAGAGAUGGUACUUGAACCGUUGAGGCAGGCUUCCGAAGACCUGGAACUUCUAGAGGUUAGUCAAUAUGGACAAUUUAGUAUUCAAAUCAAUGACAUUUAUACUCUAGUUAAAAGACUUCAGUUUUAGUUCCAAGAAAUUUGA